ACUCUUGAUUCUAACAUGUCUCAACUUAAACCAAUUUCAUUGUUGGUCAUAAUGGUUGCUUGUAUAUCAAGCACCCUAGUAAUGGCUCAAAAUUGUGGGUGUGGUGCUGGUUAUUGCUGUAGCCAAUAUGGAUAUUGCGGAACCACAGCACUCUACUGCGGGGCAGGAUGCCAACAAGGGCAUUGUUAUUCGUCUACACCAUCCCCAAGUGGGAGCGGUAGUACUGUUUCAGUCCCAAGUUUGGUGACUGAUGCUUUUAUUAAUGAUAUUAAAAGCCAAGGAGGUUCGGGAUGUGCAGGUACAAAAUUCUACACAAGGUCGGCUUUCUUGAGUGCCCUCAAUGCUUAUUCUAAUUUUGGUACGGGUGGAUCCUCUGACGUUACUAAGCGUGAAGUUGCUGCUUUCUUUGCUCAUGUUACUCAUGAAACUGGACAUUUUUGCUACAUAGAAGAGAUUGCAAAAUCAACAUAUUGUGAAGCAAGCGCACAAUGGCCAUGCAACCCGAAUAAGCAAUACUACGGACGAGGACCAAUUCAACUAACAUGGAACUAUAACUACGGAGCAGCUGGUAAAAGUCUUAAUUUCGAUGGUAUAAAUUCACCAGAAAGAGUUGCAAACGAUCCUGUUUUAUCCUUUAAGACAGCCUUCUGGUUUUGGAUGAACAAUUGCCACAAUCUCAUUGUCUCGGGCCAAGGAUUCGGGGCCACCAUUCGGGCUGUAAAUGGAAUCGAAUGUAAUGGUGGUAAUUCCCCUGCUGUUAAUGCUCGUGUGAGAUAUUAUCAGCAGUAUUGUAGCCAAUUUGGUGUUUCUCCCGGCCCUAAUCUUUAUUGCAAGUCAAUCAAAUGGCUUGCUAUUCUACUUAUUAUCAGUCUAUGAAAGGGUCAUAAGUCA